AUCGCUAUUCCCGAGGGUGGCGGACGUAGGGAAGGGAAGGGGAGCCAAGGUAAGGAGACCGCCUUAGAACGAGCUUUAGAUCUAUCCGAUCGGUGCUUGGAAAAGGAUUUCGUAAGUAACGUCUGUCGAUCUCCUCCGUUUGGGUCUCUCAUUGUUGGUUCUCCGUCUGUUUCGAUCCGUAAGCUAUGGAAUGCGUGACGGAUUGCAUUCGGGAGAGCCAGAUCUCCGACGGAUGUUUGAGAUCUGGUGCUGUUGUGCGGAUUUUCUGCUAAUUCUUUUAUCCAUUUUGAAUCCUAUCCACCCUUUGAUUCGGUGCGAACAGGCGUUUUCGGUGUCGGUGGAAUGCGCUUUCUGCUGUUAAACUGAUUCUUUCCGAUGGCUCUAGUGACGUAAAAUAAUGGUCUGCUUUCCUUCCACUUCCUCAUUGGCCUGUAUUGUAUUCUUUUACUGGGGAUUCCUUCAAUAAAAUACUAUUCAGGUAGGGCAAGGAGUUCGGCCGUCGCUUUUCUGUCUUGAAAUGAACAACAUUUCAAGUAACAGGGCUGUCUCAUUUGCUCUGUCGCAUUGGUAUACCUUCAAAUGAAUCGCUGUGCGUUGUCGCCUUCAAAAGCAUCACUUCCGCGAAGGGUUUGGUACUUAUUUACAGUAAGGAAGGUACAGUAAUGCCAAUGGAUGAAGAAGGAGAUAGUGUCACACCUGAACCAAAUAAAACUACUCAUGCUAUCCCUCCCAAAACUUCUACAGUGACUGUGGCAGAUGAAGCUACAGAUAACAAUGAGAAUAUUGCAAAUUCUGAUGUGGUGCAUGUUUUACCUCAUAUUAGAAGUUUGAGUUUGGAUAGGGACAUGACAGAAAAGAAGUAUGGUGAUCAGAAAUCAAUAAGUCAUAUGUCAGCAGCAUCAAGUUCUGCCAAGGCUGUACGAUCUAACCACACUGUUCCUCAGCCAUUUGCUCUUGCAACUGAAAAGCGUGCUUCUAGUGCAAAUCGUGCUUUUGUUGCUGAAGCUGCUAACGAGGGAGACAAAGAUCCUAAUGCAGAUGUGCAAUCGUCCGACGUCCAGAAGAAGGCUCAGAGUAACUUAACAGUCACGUCUAGGAGGCCAUUGCAUCCUGAUAACAUCAUGUACUCAGAUGAAGAGGAUUCUUGCUCCAUUACUUCUGCUACUGCACCUUCUAUAAGAAAUUUGAAAGUUAAUACAACAGUGGCAAUUGCCCCUACAUUCAAAUGUAGUGAACGUGCAGAGAGGCGGAAGGAGUUCUAUUCAAAAUUAGAAGAGAAACAUCAGGCUCUCGAAGCAGAGAAACUUGAAUGUGAAGCUAGGACCAGGGAAGAGAAAGAGGCAGCUCUAAAGCAACUAAGGAAGAGUUUGAAUUUCAAAGCAACGCCAAUGCCUAGCUUCUACCAUGAGGGGCCUCCGCCAAAGCUUGAACUAAAGAAGCUGCCUCCAACUCGGGCUAAAUCACCCAAGCUUGGUCGACGGAAGAGCUGUAGCGACGCAAGCAAUCUGGCUUUAGGAGACUACGGUAGGCAUCAACAUCACAAUUUUGGUACUUCUGAGGAUCCUCCGAACAAGUUACAGAGUAAUACCAAGAACAGUAACACAACUAAAGCCAAAGAAGGGGUUAAAUCCACGAGGGAGAAGUCUAAGCAUCAAGGUGACGAGGUAGCAGCUCCGGCUCCCUCUGACAACACUGUGCAAGGUCAAGCUGACACUGGUGUCAGUGUGCAGCCCUGAUGCUGCAUUUCCAUGCUCUUUUGAUCCUUAAUUUUUCUUAAAUCCAACCUAUAAUUUAUCUCUACAUGAAAGUGUCAGCUUUUGUAGAUUGGUAACCAAUGUGAGAAAUCGUUGUCACUGUUGUCAAUUUUGUAUCUAUGUUACGAUCCUGACAGUCGGUGAGAACUGCUGGAAAUACUUGUCUCGUUAACCUUUUUGAUUUGAAUUAUAAACUUGAAGCAGAA